AUGUUGACCAGCGCAAGCCUUCUGUUUGUCGCGUCGCUCUUCGCGGCACUACCUGUUAACGCCGAUGGAAUAUACACCAAGAAUUCACCGGUGCUUCAGUUGAACCCCAAGACUUACAACUCGCUUAUUGCGAACUCGAAUCAUACUUCGAUCGUCGAAUUUUACGCCCCCUGGUGCGGCCACUGCCAGAACCUCAAACCUGCCUACGAGAAAGCCGCCAAGAACCUCGACGGUCUCGCGAAAGUCGCCGCGAUCAACUGUGACGAUGACGAAAACAAACCCUUCUGCGGGCAGAUGGGCGUGCAGGGUUUCCCGACCCUGAAGAUCGUGACACCCUCCAAGAAACCCGGAAAGCCUCGCGUCGAAGAUUACCAAGGUGCACGAACCGCCAAAGGCAUCGUCGACGCGGUCGUCGACCGCAUCCCCAACCACGUUACGCGCGCCUCAGACAAGGACCUGGACAAAUGGCUCGGAAAGAAUGAAGACAGACCCAAGGCCAUCCUCUUCACCGAGAAGGGCACAACCGGCGCACUAAUCCGCGCCCUGGCGAUCGAUUUCCUUGGUGCAAUUGACAUCGCCCAAGUCCGCAACAAGGAAACUGCCUCGGUCAAGAAAUUCGGCGUAACAGAUCUCCCUGCGCUCGUCCUCAUCCCUGGCCCGGACGCUGAGCCCAAGAUCUACGAAGGCGAUCUGAAGAAAGCCCCCAUCACCGAGUUCCUCAGCCAGGCUGCAAAGCCUAAUCCCGACGCCUCAGGUCGCGCAGCCCCAGACUCAAAGCCAAAGCCAAAGCCGAAGGCCAAGUCUGCGUCCAAGCCCGCCUCAAAGCCUACUCCCGUCGCCGACGAAGACGCCGGCCCCACUGAUUCCCAAGACCGAGACGCAGACUCCAAACCAGUCAACGUGCCAGCACCCGCACCCCCCAUCCCAACACUCUCCACCACCGAGUCUCUCGAAACCGCCUGCCUGUCCCCGAAAUCAGGCACCUGUGUCCUUGCCUUCCUCCCAAAGCUAAGCAACCCCGACGCCACCCCUGAACCAGCUGUCUCCCAGGCCCUCGAGAGUCUCGCGGAACUGCGACACAAGCAUGUCCAGCGCGGAGCCCAUCUGUUCCCGAUCUACGCGGUUCCUGAUCCUACCUCUGUCUCUGAGCAAGUGCGCGCUGCGUUCGGCUUGGGCGAUCCGGAGUCUCAGGUUCUUCGGGUUGUUGUGCUGAAUGCUCGGCGCGGAUGGUGGUCUUCAUAUGUUGCGUCGGAUUAUGAUGCUGUCGCUGUUGAAUCUUGGGUUGAUGAUAUCCGCCUUGGGGCUAUUGUCAAGCAGAAGUUGUCUGAGGGCAUCGUUGGUGGUUCUGAGCCUAAGGCCGAGGCCGAGCCCGAAGCCGAGCCCGUUGAGCCUGAGACUGAGAAAGCAGACGAGAAUACCGUCGAGCAUGAUGAGUUGUAA